AUGCUCUACAAUGAGGUGCUGCACCCCAUCAACGUUGCGCGGCUGCUGUACGACGUGCUUUGCGUCACCGUGAGCUCCUUCAGCCCCGAGACGCUCGUGCGCAAGCGGAUUAAGCGUGCCCCGCGGGGCGGCAACGGCGCCGCGGAGGAGCAGCAGCAGCAGCAGCAGCAGCGGCGGGGUCGCCCGACGCAGCGGUCGAGUCGGCCCGGCAGCCGCACGGCGUCGGCCAACACAAGCCUGAACGCGUCGGUGUACACCAGCGGAGAGCUGCCGCCGCCGGUGCCGAACCGAAGUGCGACGGAUGCGUCCCGCUCGCACCGCAACCGCAGUCGUAGCGGCGGCCGUCGCGAACGCGGCCCCGACGGCAGUGAGCAAAAAGGCUGGAGGCACUGGCGCAGCAUUGAUGUCACGAAGCAGACGGUGCUGCUGAUGCACGUGCUGCGUGCCGCCCCCGUCGCCGUCCUCCGCUUCUUCUGCCAGGUGCAGACCGAUGCGGAGACCUUGCCGCUGCUGGACUUCAGCGAUCUUGGUGCGACCGCGCGGCGUCUGCUGUGCCUCAGCGCGGACGCGGUGUUUGCGCCCGGCUUUGCGUUCCCCUUCCUCACCGCACGUUUUCUCUUGGGCGUCGCCCAGCAGUACCUGAUGGAGCGCGUCUUUUUCGAGACCAACCUGGUGGUGCGCAACCUUCGCAGCCGCCGCGCGUGGCGCAAGGCGCUGGGGUGGGCGCUGAGCCUCUCCGCCCACGCGGUCACCGACCCCGUCGCGUUCAGCGCCGUGACCCCGAUUCUGCUCACCCGCGUGCGCGACUUCUCGCCGGUGUCGGGGCCGCUGCGGUACACCCCCGCCGGCGUCAGCAAAGGCCUCGCCGUGGGCUUUGCAGGGGUGACGCUGGAGAUGUUGAUCGUGCCGGCCGCCUCGCAGCUCUGCCAGCGCGCCAUUGUGGGCAUCGCUGACGCCACGGAGUACCUGCUGCUGCGCCGCUACGCGCGGCGGGGGACGAGGGGCGGCGGGGCCGCCAACCACAACGACGACACCGCGAGCCAAGUGCAGAGCGAGGAUGAGCGGGGGGACGGCGUGAGGAGCGUGGCGGGCAGCCUGAACAGCAGUCGCGUGUCGCUCAGAGAGAUGGCGGCGGCGGCGGCCGAGGCGGCUGCGAGGGUGUCACGUGAAGGACCCGGCGCACACGCGGCGCGGGCGUCGCAGCCGCUCGACAAGCGCAAGCUCGAGGAGCGCCUCCGCCGUCGUCUAGAGGCCGAGGAGCGCAGGCGGGCGGAGGCGGAGGUUAGAGUUAUUUGGCGAGCCAUCAUCUACCGCGUCUGCUCCGCCCUCGUUGCGCAGUGCCUUGUGCAGCACCCGUUGACGGUGCUCGCCCACAUGUUAUACGGCCGUGCGGUGCUGAAUGCCACGGGCCUGCUGACGUUCUGCGACGACGCCCCUGCCGUGCCGCUCACGUGGCAGGCGUACUUGCAAUUCCUGCGGCGCAGCUUCAGCGUUGAGGCUGGGGCGGAGCAGAGCAGCGGGGUGCGGGUGGUGGAGCUGCUGCGCAGCAUCGGUGGCUUCGUCGGCUACGAGUUGAGCAUGGUGCUCGGCAGCAUCCGUCGCUUUUCGACGCGGGACACGGCGAUUCGUGCGCUCGUCGCACGCGCCGAGGAGAGGCGCACACACAGGGGCAGCCGCGGCGAGGCCGGGGCCGUCCCCUCCGCCAUGGAGAGCGUCGAGCUCAUGCUCUUGUCGCUCGCCUCCCUCUCCCCGCUCUUCACGGCGGUGCAGUUUACGGCCAUGGAAAGGCUGCUAGGGUUCUACGUGGACGUCUGGGUGCGGCUGCGGGGGGAGUAG